AUGAAGUGUUUGGACGUCUUCUUGAGGCUGUCUUUUGUCACUUUAAUAGCACUUGCUCAAACAACGCAUGAAUACAACUUCACUACAGGAUGGGUGAAAGCUAAUCCUGACGGAAUGCAUGAAAAGAAUAUGAUAGGCUUUAACGGUGCGUGGCCACUCCCUGACAUUCACAUCAACAAAGGAGAUCGGGUGGUAAUUCGGCUUACGAAUGGACUGCAAAACUUGAAGACAUCUCUGCAUUUUCAUGGGCUCUUCCACAAGGUAAGUGAAGGAAACCAAAAUGAGAUGGACGGCCCAGAAAUGGUUACACAGUGUCCCAUAAGCCCCGGAGACACGUAUAUUUACAAUUUCACCGUGCCAGACCAGGUAGGCACUUUCUGGUAUCAUUCUCAUUCAGGCGCACAGUAUACGGACGGAAUGAGGGCAGCACUUAUUAUUCACGAUGAUGGGGCACCUUUCGAAUACGACCGAGAUCUAACAAUUCAAAUCUCAGAUCUUUACCACAAACCAUACUUUCAAGUCAUGGAGGAGUUUUUGAGCAGGUACAAUCCCACGGGCGCGGAGCCCGUUCCGCAAAAUGUUCUUUUGAACAAUACUGUCAACGCGACUAUCAAUUUCGAGCCCAACAAAACCUACCUGCUGAGAUUUUUGAACGUGGGUAAUUUCAUUUCGCAAUACAUCUAUAUGGAAGACCACGAGUUCACCGUUGUCGAAGUCGAUGGAGUCUACGUCAAGCCAAAGACCACAAACUUGCUUUACAUCGCGACUGGUCAAAGAGUGGCUGUACUCGUUCACUCGCAAAAAACCUCUAGCAGGAAUUACGCUUUGAUGCAAGGCAUGGAUGCAACAAUGCUUGAUGUAAUAACCCCGGGACUUCAGCUGAACAGGACCACCAAGAUUGAAUACGACUCAGGCUCGAAUGACGUAUCUGAAUACUUCAUUGACAGCUACAAAGAUGCUAUGAAUGAUUUUUACCUGGAGCCACUUGAUAAGAUGGAGAUUCUUGACGAUUACGACUAUCAGAUAACGCUCGACGUUAAAAUGGACAAUUUGGGCAAUGGGGUGAAUUAUGCUUUCUUCAACAACAUCACUUACGUGGCGCCUAAAAUACCGACCCUCAGUACUGUUUUGUCAGCGCCAGAGGAUCUAAUUAGCAACCCCUGGAUUUACGGUGAUAACAUAAAUGCAUUUGUUCUGGAACAUGGAGAAGUUAUAGAGCUGGUUGUGAACAAUUAUGAUGACAACAGACACCCCUUCCACAUGCAUGGCCAUAACUUCCAAAUAAUUCAAAAAUCACAAGGUUUUGAUGAAGAUCCCGUCCCUUACAACGAAAGCGCACCGAUUGAAGCGUUCCCGGGAAUACCUAUGAGAAGAGAUACCGUCGUUUUAGAAGCCAAUGGUCAUGUUGUUUUCAGAUUCGUCGCGGAUAAUCCUGGCGUAUGGAUGUUUCAUUGUCAUGUUGACUGGCACCUAGAACAGGGGCUAGCAGCAGUGUUUGUCGAAGCUCCGAAGCAACUCCGAGCGAUGGAGCAGUUGUCAGAUAAUUAUAAGCAGGUGUGCCGAAACUCUAACAUGGCACUCAAAGGCAAUGCGGCUGGUGACUUUAGGGAUUGGCUGAACUUGGAAAAUCUCCCUCGACAACCGGCCCCUUUGCCGGAAGGGUUCACUUUAAAGGGAUUCCUUGCUUUAGCGGUGUCUGUUCUAAUCGGUAUUUGGGGUCUUUACACGAUUGUACAAUACGGCUUUAACGAAAACAAGCAAGAUGACGAAGAGCUGUAUUCUAAACUCAAAAAAAUUUUGCAUGAGGCUGGUCAGUUAGAAUGA